AUGAGAAAAGAAGAACAUCUGUCAAGUGUCAGAAAAUGUCAAUUGAAAAAACUUAACCUAUAAGUACGUAAAUUAAUAAUUAAAUUAAUAUUUAUUCUAAAACUCACACCACAACUAAAUAAAAAAUGUCGUUGUACGACGAUUACGAUGUAAAAACAACAGCACCUGAAAAAGUCCAAGGUUGGUCUUCCAGCAUAAAAUUACUGCAGUCGCAAUUGCAACUAAAAAAAGCGACUGUACCCCCGCCGAAACGAGACCACAUAAGAAAAACGGUCAGUCUAGCGCCCGUAAUAGAUUUGAAGGCUAAACGCGAAGAGGACUUUAUCCCGUUCGCCAAAACUAAAACCGAGUCCAGGCUACCGAUCAUCAGUUCUGCAGCUUUUAGCAGCGAAUACGACUGGAACGUCGUCGAUGAAUACGACCCACUAUGGCCCAAUGAGUACGAAAAAGUGGUGAAAGAACUCCGGGAACAUCACAGGGAUAGGGACAGGGAACCUCGAGAGAGUCGCGAGUCUCGCGAAAGAGAUAGGAACGAUAAGGAGGAGAAGAGAAGAGAGAAAAAGAGAAAGAGCAGGUUUAGUGAUCCGGAGGAAAGUAUGUCUCCUCCUCCGGCCCCUCAAAUGAGCCAACCUCCUAUCGGCAGUGGAUUUGCAGGCAGGUGGGCUGAUGAAGACGAUGAGCCAGUACAGAAACCAGCACGUCCCACUGGAGGAGUUGCUAUUGCUCCACCUCCUAGCCUUCAAGAACCGGUCGAGGUAGCUCCGAUAGUACCGAACAAACCACAGCCUGUCAGCUCCUAUGGCGGUUCUGUGGCUGCUAAAAUUAUGGCCAGGUACGGCUUUAAAGAAGGCCAAGGAUUGGGAAGAUUGGAACAGGGUAUGUCCAGCGCUUUGCAAGUUGAGAAAACUUCGAAAAGGGGUGGUAGAAUUAUACACGAGAAGGAGAUUUUGCCGCCUCCCACGCCCGAAUUGCCCCAAGUUCAACCCACCAUUACUGAAAUUAUGAAGAAUCCUAGCAAGAUUGUGCUACUAAAGAAUAUGGUGGGACCGGGAGAAGUAGAUGAUGAUUUAGAGCCAGAAGUAAAAGACGAGUGUAACACUAAAUACGGCCCUGUGGCUAGUGUGAUUAUCCACGAAAUUCCUCAUGACGAUCAUGAAGAAGCAGUGAGAAUAUUUGUCGAAUUUUUGCGAAUUGAAAGUGCUAUAAAGGCAGUCGUUGACUUGAACGGCAGAUUUUUCGGAGGAAGGCAAGUUAAGGCUACAUUUUAUGAUAGCGAGAAGUUUGAUAAUUUACAAUUGGUAGAUUAAUUUGUUGUUUGACUGAAAUAUAUAUUUGUUUUUUCGUAACUAUACCCUGGUUCCAAAAUAACCGGCAGUGACUCAUUGUUCAUCUUUUUGAAAAAUGGUGCAAGAGCAAUCUGACCAGCGAUAUUUUUACACC